GAUUAUAAAGUUAUACAACUUCGUUGUUUUUAUUUGUUAAACGUGCCGUGUUAUCCACCUGAAGGAAAUAUGUUUACGUCAAAUAUACGUGUGUUUAUUCCAUUGACAUCCGUGAUGUUGCUUACUAUGACCUAUUCUGUAAAUACCGCCGAUACGUUUGCUUACAAGACUCAGGAACCUAUUGACGCGUCAGUAAUAAACUCGAAAAUUGACAAAGUUUACCACCUCGCCUCUCAAUUUCACGAACAGUUCCGCUGGGAGAAAUCUAUAUUGUCAGAAAUGGCACAAACCCAAAGUCACGUUCUCUCCGAGAUUAGAGAUCAGGAACAACGGAUACGCCGCCUUAACCGGAACUUGAAGAGAACUUUAAGAUUCUGUGCUAACCAGAAACUUCUCUCUGCAAAGGAAACGACCACGCCAACUCCCUACAAAGUUUUCUUCUCCAACGAAAUAGAAAACAAUCCUUGAUGGAACAGAACAAGCAGAAAGAGUACUUGAGUAUUGGAGAAAGUCUUGGCGACGAGAAAUGCGGCGUUGGAGUUCAAACUGUUUUUUCAAACGGGUAAUGAAAAUGAUUUAAGAGAUGGUGAUAUGGUAUUAUCCAGAGGUAUCGACGUUUGUGAAAAAAGUGAAUUAAUGGUCACAAAUUGUAUAGCCUAUCCCAUUUAGUGUUGAUGAUAGAAUAUGUCUUCACAUUAACGUCACCGACAGUGGGAUUUUUAUCCAAGAAAACAUUAUGAAAGGAUAAACCAUAAAAUACCCCUCGUAUACUACAUACGACACAGUGAUUGAGGGGGUCGUGGUACCACAGACUAUGACAUGUAUUUUACAAACACUGGAAAUCCAAUUUGAAUACGUCAACGCCGGCUUCGUUUUCCAGUCUAAACGUUACUCUUUUAAUAUUAAUCGUAUACAUGUAUGUAGUGUACAGUAAUAUGUUGUUUUAUCUUACAUUGUGUCCUGGACUAGUUUGAUUGCAUGUAUGUUUUAAUUUUAUACGUUUAUUAUAUGUAUAAUAAUAAUAUGUGUAUAAUGUUAGUAUGAUUGUAAAUCGUAGUAGAUUAACUGCUUUUAGUAUAUUAACAGUUCGUGGAGAGGAAUUGCUUUAGUUAAUAUACAUCUAUAAGAUAAUGCUUUUAUCUCUUAUCAGAAGCAAAGGAUUAAAUGUAAUAUUUAACUACUGUCAUUUGAUUGUGUAAUAUUUUAGAAAUUAUGUUAUGGUCCCGAUAACAUUCGUCAAUAAAAUACCUAUUAUAUGACAUAACACGCCUUGCUUAGAUAUUCAUCAUUGAAUUUAACAUUUUCGUAAAAGGCGUUAUGUUUUAUGCAGGUUUCCAAUAUCUUUGUGACAGUUUGAUAACUUAAUGUGACAGCAAAACCAAUUCCGUCACCAAGAAAGUGAUGACGUCACAGCACAUGCUGCACCCACCAUACAUGUACAUUGCAAUAGAGAUCUAAUAUAAACAUAAUAUAAUAGACAUUGAAACAGUUUGCGUUA